CUGACCUGCAGGCUUUGAGGGCCCUCCCUGUGCACAGCUGGGUCCAGAGGCAGGAGAAGCCAUGACCCCCACCCUCAUGGCCCUGCUCCUCCUCGGGCUGAGUGUGGGCCCCAGGACCCGAGCACAGGCAGGGACCCUCCCCACACCCACCAUCUGGGCUGAGCCAGGCCCUGUGGUCCCCUGGGAGACACCUGUGACCAUCUGGUGUCAGGGGACUCUGGAGUCCACGGUGUUCUAUCUGGAUAAAGAGGAACACGUGGGGCUCUGGGAUGUUCAUUUCCCAAAGAAGCCUGGGGACAAGGCCAAGUUCUCCAUCACAUACAUGACAGAUGUGUAUGCAGGACGGUAUCACUGUCACUAUCGAAGUCCCUCUGGCUUGUCAGAGAGCAGUGACCCCCUGGAGCUGGUGGUGACAGGAUUCCUUGGCAAACCCAGUCUCUCAGCCCUGCCCAGCCCCGUCGUGACCUCAGGAGGGAAGGUGACCCUCCAGUGUGCCUCAUGGGAGAAAUUCGACAGGUUCGUCCUGAUGAAGGAAGGAGAACCCAGGCCCUCCUCGACCCUGGACUCCCAGCGACCCACCAGUGGGGAGUUCCAGGCCCGGUUCCCUGUGGGCCCCGUGAACCCCGGGCUCAGGUGGAUGUUCAGAUGCUAUGGCUAUGACAGCAACUCCCCCCAGGUGUGGUCACAGCCCAGUGAGCCCCUGGAGCUCCUGGUCUCAGGACCCUCUGGGGGCCCCAGCCCCCCCUUCACAGGACCUAGCCCCACAACUGGUCUUGAAAAGUACCAGAAAAUUUUGAUUGGGGUCUCUGUGACCUCAGUCCUGCUGCUCACUCUCCUGCUCCUCCUCCUCCUCCUCCGACUCCAGCACCAGAAAAAAUGCUGCAAAUCAGGUGCUUUACAUCCUGAAGCUGAGACUAGAGCCAUGUACAAAAGCUCUGGCUCCAGCUCCGUGGCUCCUGUCCAGGAGGAGAAGCAGUAUGCUGAGGUGAGAGAGUUCCAGCUUGACGAAGACAAACAGAUGGACAGUCGGGCUGCGGUAUCUGAAGACGCCCAGGAUGUGACGUACGCCCAGCUGAUCAGUCUGAAUCUUGAACAGGAGACAAGUGCACCCCCUUCCUCCCAGGCAGGGGAGCCGCCCGCAGAGUCCAGCAUGUAUGCCGCUCUGGCCGUCCACGAGCCCAGGAACUACCCACACCCCGCAUUCCAGGAAGAGGACCACAGGGACCCUAAGACGCAGUGAGACUGCCCCCAACGACACUUAGCUAAUGGCCCCUGGGCCUGGGACCUCUCACAUGCAAGCAGGAUAUCCUGGGGCUUCAGAAGUCAUCUAAGUCUACAGAUGAAGAUAAGCUCCUUUAUCCAAUACGUCAUCUGCAACCAUCUUCUCCCAUUCCAUCAGUUGCCUAUUUGUUUUAGGGAUUGUUUCCCUUGCCGUGCAGAAGCUU